AGUAACCUGUAGAUUUCAACUGAGAUCGGUCAUCCAAUGAUGUUGUAGCAGGUGAUAGGACAAUUCAUGGUAUGUUUAGGUUUCUCGGUGUUUACCCACUAGGAACAAAUCACCACGUCAAUUCUAAAAUCAUUUUUUGUGGAUCCGAAAACAAAAACGAAGCAGCUUCCCUUUGUGAUCACUUAGUAGAACUCUAUUUAUCAGAGACCCUUACUCGAUCUAUCGCUAUUGCCAAGCAAAACAAAAGAACAUCAGUUUCCCCUGAAGAUUUCGAGAAUAUCAUUGUCCAAAUUUUCCUAGAUUUCUCUGCUUGAUCUCUACAAUGUCGUCAACAGAAUUAAGAAAUCUAUUAUUGUUGGUACUAGAUAUGACCCCCGCCUCAUGGGGUUCUUGUACAAGUGAAUUUAGUUUGCCAAAUUGCAUUGAGGCAGCCCUUGGUUUCGCAAAUAGUCAUUUAAUGUUGUCUCCACAUAACGAGUUAGCAGUAAUAGGAGUUACACCUUCUGAAAUAAAGUUUAUUUAUCCAAACGAAUCGGAACCUCCAACUAGUGCUUCAAAUGAUGGCCAGAAUGACGCACUUAGCUGUAUGAAUAACACUGUCAGGCAACUAGCAUUAAACCUUGUGACCUCCUGUUCUUCUACAAGCACACAAAUUGUUUUGGCUGGUGCGAUAAUAAAAGCAUUGUGUUAUUACCUUCGGCGGUGUCGUGAAUUGCAGCCAUCUACAAGACAUUUAAAUGACUCUUUAGAGAUGACUAUGGAGUUUAGCGAAGGGAGUGAAAAGAUUUCUUCUCGGAUACUGAUUAUUAAGGCGUCUGAUGACAAUUCUUCUCAAUACUUAGCGUUGAUGAAUUCUGUGUUCACAGCUCAAAAGCUUCAUGUUCCAAUAGACACAUGUGUGUUAUCGUUACCACAACAGUCAGAUAAUUUAAAUGGCAGAUGUGGGCUAAGUUCUCUUGGACACUCAAGUCUUCUUCAACAGGCUGCAGAUCUAACUGGUGGAAUUUACUUGCAAGUACCAAGAGUUUCUGGAUUACUACAGUACUUGUUGUCAGUAUUUUUGCCAUCAUCUAAAAUGAGAACGUCUCUUUUACUCCCAGAUAGUCGAUCUAGUGGUGUUGACUUUCGAGCUGCAUGCUUUUGUCAUAAACGAUUGAUUGAUAUUGGUUAUGUUUGUUCGAUAUGUUUGUCUGUAUUUUGUGAGUUUAAUCCGAUAUGCCCUACUUGUAAUACUCCUUUUUUGUUACCAGCUGUACAAAACAUGUAAAUAAAUACAAAACAAGAGACUUGUUCUUUUCUUCUUGACAAUGUAUAUUAACUUAAGAUGCUUAUUCGCAUUAUAGAUGUCUGACGAACGUUCAAUCAAAAAAGCUGAAAAACACAAGCUAUCUGAUCCACUUGACGAUGUAGCUUGGAAAAUUAUGCGAAAGAUGGGUUAUGAACAUGGUCAAGGAUUGGGUAUUAAUGCUCACGGUGUAGUUGAACCGGUUGCGAUGAGUAAACAAAAAGGCAGAAGUGGUCUCGGUUCAGUAAGAACAACAUCGUCAUCUGAUAAAAAGAUUGAAUCAUUCUCAGGCGAACUCUAUCAAUCUUCCAAUCCAAAUUUAGUCUGGCAUGAAGGCUGCGAUGAUGAUUAUACUACAGCUGAUGGAGAUCGUACGUGGUCAUGGUCAAUGGAAGGCGGACAUUCUACUAAUUCCUUAUUGGAAUUGAAUUCUCUAAUCAUCAGUCCCGAUGAACCGGAGGCUUUAGGUCCACCUAUUGAAGAGUUGGAUAAUGAAGAUAAAUUCUGCUCGAUUAAUCUUGUUCAAGAAGUUUUAAAUUAUAAGAAUCAGUUGGAUUAUUUAUCAAAAUUGAAUGUCACUAAAAGUCAUGAACGUUGUAAUCCAUAUGAAUUGAUAAAGAAGGGGAUUUUUAUGAACAGAGCUGCAAUGAAAAUGGCCAACAUUGAUUCAAUCUUUAAUGGAAUGUUCACAACUGCUGCUCCAAAAGAUGAUGUAUUAUAUUUUGCUGAUAUAUGUGCUGGUCCUGGAGGUUUCUCAGAAUAUACUUUAUGGCGACGAUGUAAUGCUCCAUAUCAUAUUCACUCAUCAAGUGAAUCGAAACGGCUUAACAAUACACUCAGUCCUAAUCAUCAUUCCAAUAUCAAUGAUAAACUACUAGAUGAUACUACUGAAUCUGUCAAUCAUAACAGUCCUACUAAUAAUACUAGUACUGCUUCAGAGAAACAACAACCAUUACUGUCUGCUAAAGGAUUUGGUUUAACAUUAACCGGUCAUUGUGAUUUUCGUGAGAAUGAUUUCUUGGCUGGUCCAAAAGAAGCUUUUAUGGCACAUUAUGGACCAGGACGUGAUGGGGAUGUUACAAAAUGGUCAAAUUUAGCUUCAUUCGCAUCAUUUAUUGGUCGUAGUACAAAUAAUGCUGGUGUACAUAUUCUAAUGGCAGAUGGAGGUUUCGAUGUUUCUAGUCAGUAUAAUCUUCAAGAGGUUAUGUCUAAACAAUUGUACUUAUGUCAGUGUUUAUGUGCAUUAAUCAACCUUAGACCAGGUGGACAUUUUUUAACAAAAUUAUUUGAUACAUUCACUGAAUUCACAAUUGGUAUAAUUUAUUUGAUGGGUUAUUUAUUUGAAGAGAUUUUCAUUGUAAAACCUGUAACUAGUCGACCAGCUAAUUCGGAACGUUAUUUAGUAUGCAAAAAUUUACGAUCAUCUUUAAACACAAUGGCUGGUUGUGUACCUGCUCCCAAAUCAUCAUCAUCAUCCAUGACAAGUCAUUCGGAUUCCACUGAUCAAAAGUCAAGUUUCCGACAGAAGACACGUAAAUUUCCAGGUCAACAACAACAAACAACCACCACAAAUGGUAUUGUUGUUGAUGAUGUGGAAGCCAGUAAAAAGUUUGGCAUUCUAACUGAUAUGAAACAAUCUGGUUCACUUGGUCUAGUGAUCAAUCAUUUUUUACAAGUUAAUGAAAAGUUAAAUCAAAUUAAAACAAACCAAUCAGUGUCUUCAUCAUCGUCAAUCAAUCCAAAAUUGGAUGUAUUAAGAAUAUGUCACACUGAAAUAAUUGAACAAGAUGAAAAAUUUAUGCAAUUUAUUCAGGGGAUGAAUGAAGAUUUUGCUAAACAUCAAUGUAUCGCUUUGUCAAAACUAUUAGCAUUCUCUCAAGAUCACAGUCUUACUGAAAAGAGACAAGAUGAAUUGUAUAGAACAUGUUUAGAAAAAUGGAAGAUUCCGUUAACAGAACGUCGGUCUGUCCCUUGGCCUUUAUUAUCCACUAAUCGUUCACCAAUUAUUCGUCGUUUAUUAGGUGAUAGCGAAAAUUUGACAUCACUCAAUACGUUACCAUCAGAAUAUCGUGCAAAUAUACGUCUUACACCAUUCACUAAUGCAAAUUUAAAUAAUUUAGAUAUUUUAUAUCAUAGUCGAAUUGCUUUAGUAUGCGGUAAUCCGUCGAUUACAUCAACUUCUGAACCAGCUCAAACAAUGUUCAUUUAUUCACAUGGAUCUGCAGUUACGGAUACUUAUUGCACUGUUGAUGGAGAUCAAUGGAAUAGAUUAGAUCAAGUGAUACCUAGACUAAACCCACGACUUCCACCUAGUACUUUAAUUUGGGGCCAACCAUUUUAUGAAUAUGCUGUGAAGAAUGGUUUACGAAAACACGGUUUAUUUAUAUAUGAUGUUGUGUGUAUCUACGGUCGAGAUUGUCGUAAAUUACCAUACAGGAAAAGAAUGGAAUUAGCUGAACAAAUGACAAAUAUAAUUAAUUUUCCAGAUAUGACUUCAUCCAAUGUUCGUGUACCACCAUUUCUAAAAUUGUCAGAAAUUGUUGAUUAUGUGAAAAAACUACCUCUUCUACCAUGUAAAGAUUCACCAACACUUGUACCAAUGCAUUGUUUAUCCGAUGGUUUUACAUUUCAACCACAUUCUUUGUUAUUAGUACAACAUAUGACAGAUAAUUGGACUGAAGAGAUUAGUAGGAGUACUGGAAAGGUUUAUUACUUUAACCGAAUGAAAUCUGAAUCCACUUUCGAUUUACCAGAAAGUGAACAAUUGUCAUUCACCGAUACACUAUACACAAAACUACCUUGGAUAACAGAACAAAAAUAUUAUCCAAGUGUUACUACUUUAGUACAAUAUUUAGAAAAAAUGUCAGAUCCUUAUUCAUAGUUGCUGGGUGAUAUGCAUAUUUAUUCAUUGGUUCAGAUUAUUUGUUCUCAAUUUCAUUCUAACACACACACACUCACAAACACUUUUUGUAUGUUUCUUUUUUGUUUAUUCAUGAAGAAAAUAACAAUAACCUAAUUGUUUGACCUGUUGUAAGGAAUUUUUUGUCUUGAUUCGUAGUGUUUGUUUUACCGCAAAAUAUUUUCAAUGAUUUAUAAGAGAAGUAAAAGAUGAUGAUGAUGGGGAGGGGGCUCCCCAUUCAACUAAAAAGGUGGCGGUUUGGAUUAUUUUGUUGUUAGGUGAUUAAAGUUAUAAAACUAGUUAUCGACAAUUUUUUUUAUAGUUUUUGCAUAAAAUUUAAUAUUUGUUACUGUAAGUUUUUGUUUGGCUUCCUCAAGAUUGUCUGUAUCAUACAGCCUUUUCAAAGUUGAUGACACAAUAUCUUUUGUAGAAUACCAUGAAUUCAUAUGGCAUUUAGUCCUUUCUGUUCUCAUAUAAUAUACCCUCGUAGGUCAGGGU